ACUACAAUUGUUUUUUCUUUCCAUCAAUAUAACAUUUUAGGAUGUUAGACCCCUCAUAAAAAGGAAACAACAGAGAAUAUGGAACUUAUAGAUGGAAACUAUACCUUGGUGACUGAGUUUAUUCUCUUAGGCUUUCCAGCUCUCCCUGAACUACAGAUCGCGCUGUUUCUCCUGUUUCUGACUUUGUACUGCAUGAUUUUAAUGGGGAACAUUGGAUUGAUGACGUUAAUCAGGAUCGAUCCGCACCUUCAAACCCCCAUGUAUUUUUUCCUUAGUAACCUCUCCUUUGCAGACCUUUGUUAUUCCUCAGUCAUUGUUCCCAAAAUGCUGGUCAAUUUCCUCUCCGAGAACAAAUCAAUUUCCUAUCAUGGCUGCGCACUGCAGUUUUAUUUUUUCUGUGCUUUUGCGGAUACAGAAUCCUUUAUCUUGGUUGCCAUGGCGUAUGAUCGUUACGUCGCCAUCUGUAACCCUUUACUGUACAUGGUUGUGAUGUCUCGGGGCAUCUGUAUACGGCUGAUUGUCUUGUCAUACUUCGGAGGCAGCGUGAGUUCCCUGGUUCACACAUCCUUUGCGUUUAUUCUGAAAUACUGUGAUAAAAAUGUCAUUAAUCAUUUUUUCUGUGACCUCCCUCCCCUGCUGAAGUUAUCCUGCACAGACACAUCAGUUAAUGAGUUGCUUCUCUCCACAUAUGGCAGCUCAGUGGAAAUUAUCUGUUUCAUCAUCAUUGUCAUCUCCUACUUUUUCAUUCUUCUCUCCGUCUUAAAGAUCCGUUCUUCCAGUGGGAGGAAGAAAACCUUCUCCACCUGUGCCUCUCACCUGACUUCAGUGACCAUUUACCAGGGGACUCUCCUCUUCAUUUACUCACGACCCAGCUACCUGUAUUCCCCCAACACUGAUAAAAUUAUCUCAGUGUUCUACACUAUCAUCAUCCCAGUGCUGAAUCCCUUGAUUUAUAGUUUGAGAAAUAAAGAUGUAAAAGACGCUGCUAAAAAAGUCAUCAGAUCAAAGAUAGAUUCUUCGUGA